GUUUCCGUGUGAGACCUUCAUACCAGAUUCUUGCGAGCUGGUUAAGUGCAGUAGAUCGAAACGCCAACCGCACGGGAAAAGAAGACGGUUCCGAAAAAGAAGAAAUCAGGAGAGCGAAAAAGAACGCUGCGAAAGUCGAUACGCCCACCACGAGACAGCGAGAAGUAGUCGAAGAAGAAAAUCCAAAAGAGCCCCUAGCGAAAAGGGGCUCUUUUCUUCUUCUCUUUCUUUUAUUCGCAGUUUUCGUCUUCGCAGUUUUCAUCUUCGCAGCUUUCGGGGAAAUCUUCGCAUCUCUUCCAAGACGGACAGCAACACGGGUGGUCGCAUCAUUCGAAGGCCGAGCUACUACCGGACCCGUGAGCCAAACAGGAACCGGACCGGCAAACCGAACGGUGACCGAAUCCGGGAGCAGAGCCCGCAAGCUGACAAGGAAUCGUCGUGGCAGAUCCCGCUCAGGAGAGCGAUACAAAUUGGAAUCGCGCAUGGAGCAGCGUACGCAUCCAGUUUCAAGGAGCAACAUCCUCGUCAUCAUUCCGCAGUCGAAGUGUGGGAAUCAGCCGGCUCUGUUCAGAGCCACCCACGCGCGUGUGCCAUUGGUUGGUCUAUCGAUGACCAUUUGCGAAAAGGAAAAUGAACGUUUUCGCUACACUCUUGAUGCCGUGCCGGAGAGGCCUAGAGGCCAUAAUUUAAUGUCACUUAAAAACGGUCACAAAACUGGAAGCAAUACGGAAUUGUUACAACCACCACCCCUCAUUCCGGAUUCCAGAUUAGAUAAAUCUAAAUGUCACUCAUGUCUAAAGAUCCAAUGCUGUUGUAUCACAAAGAGUAUCAGCAUUUCAACUUCAAAAUCAUCAAAUCCUUCUACUUCAUCGAACGCUUAUCCUGAAAAUGCUCACAGCUUCUCACAAUCGUCUUCGUGGGCCGGCUUCCCAAGCACAUCGCAUCAUACGAAUCCCGAUUUACUAGGCUGCAUGAGUUCUCGUGUAUCAACAGAAUAUCCGACACAUUCCAUCGAUAGUUUUCAGCCGGAUGAAAUUUUCCAACUUGAUCAACCAUUGCGAAACAACGUGUCACAAACAGCCAACAUCAUUCCACCACCGACGACGCUUCUCGACCUGGGUAGCGGCGCAGUUUAUAAAAAAUGUACACAACUGGCCCCAGACUACUUCCUUGGAGCAAACGGGCCGAGUCUUUUGCACGAAAAUUAUAUCUCUCAGCCACCUGACUCGGGAUCAGCAAUUUCUUCGACAGACAAGUGUCAAGCUUUUCAGGGCAGCUAUUAUCAAACCAAAACUUCCAAUAAUUCUCCCUAUUCUUCUGAUUUCAAUAAGUGCAUCAAAAAAGAGGCUAGCUCUAAACCGUACGAGUUUACUUAUAACCACCAUUCGCCACACUACGACUGUGAUAUUCAGCUGAGCUGCAAGAAACCAAACCAGAACAUCGGUUUAACUCCGGCCACCAACAAUAAUCAUCCAGCUGGAGGGCAUCCUUACGAUCGAAUCUCAUCCGCUUACGCUUCCUGUGAAGAAGUCAAUUAUUGCUUCCAACCCAACGAAUCCGGUACUUAUCAUCAGCAUGGCUAUAGCGUUAAUUACAUGACCACGACCGGACAUCCACAUGAUGCCGGUGCACCUUCUGCUUCUACCAAUACCGGCUACCCUGAGGAUUACUAUCGUUACUCUGCUACUACCGGUUACUCCAAAAUAGCUCAUCACCCGUCGGGCUCUGAUGGAACACAGCUGCCACAACCGAUAAGUUCCGACAUUCCUGUACAAUCGUAUGAUUUUUACUAACCAUUAAAUUAACCAAA